AUGGGACAGUCGUCUUCCACGGCCCGACAAUCUCGCAUCACGAACUACCCCACAACACCUUCUCUAACGGAGCGCGACUCUAGAACGAGGAAUGAAGAGAUGAACAACACACAAAGAAGUCUCCAAGAUGAAGAGGCAGGUUCAUCAGAGGUGAACUCACACUCGCAGAACGGUCAUGAUACACUAUCGAGCCAACCAACUCCGUCGGCCACUCAACAACAGUCAACCACUCGGUUCUCAGGAAUGCGUUCUUCGAGACAAAUGCAAACUAUUGAAGAGGCGAUUCGUGAACAAGAUCGCGAGGGUGUAAAUACCAGGCCAGGAUCAGCUAGAAUGACCAGAAGGCAUUCUACUAUGACGCGGCUGGGCUCUCGAUUACUCCCUGACUCAGUAAUUCGUGGUCUCCUGAAUAGCGAAGAGGAAACACCGGCAGAGGGUCACGCACACCGCCAUGGACUAGUAUCACGAACCACUCCACGAUCUGAGGCUAUACAUAGCAGUCGCUUUAGUCCCUUCAGUGUACUUGGACAACGGGGUAUCACACGUCGACGUUCCAAUCGAAGCCCAUACAUUCCGCGUACCGACUCUCCUACGACAUCUGAUUCAGCAACUUCCCAAUCAUUCCUUGGUGCGGAUACAGAGCAGGUUGCUGACGCAAAUCGGUCUUCCUGGCGUCGCAGCGCCCGCUUGCAUCGCAUGCGACAUUCGAUCUCAACACCGAUUUCUCACAUGUUCGGAUCGACCUCUUCAGUCCCUCGUGAUGACUCUGAUUACAGUGUUGACCAAGGGAUUGGAUCCGCACCCAGACCCUAUCUUCCCGUCGACGCCAUGGACACUCGAUAUGACUCUGGGGACCUUUUGCAUGAACUCGAUUCGACCGCUUUCUUCUACUCAAGCAAGCCCCCUUUGAUGCGCCGCCUUCCAGAUCUUCUAAGAGCACGGUCUGCACGACCCCUGCGACGAGAAGAGCAAACACCUCUUUCCCGAGUGCUCCAGCUUGCUGCCACUGCAAUAGCUGCCCAGCUUUCCGGGACCACCGGGCCUCCUCUACCGAAUAUCCAAGCUUUAGGAAAUGAUGGAAUAGAAAAUUCCUUGGAGACCUUUAUUCAGAGUUUGCAGAAUGCCUCAACUACACCGCCCCAGCCAGCAGCAACAGGCGAAGGUCCAAGCAACACUGGAAAUGAGGGGCCUUCGACGCCAGUGAAUUUCUUACGAGUUUUCCGAUUUGUCAAUUCUGAUACUCCAGGAGGCACCAAUCCUUUCACUCCAAACGCGGGCAGCUCUGAGAAUGCUGGAUCACAGCCUGACACAAUGUCAAUCGACGAGCCUGCGGAAGCAACUGAGGGACGGACAGUCACACUCGUUGUGGUUGGUGUUCGAUCUGUCCCUGCGAGCAAUAGUCUACCCAGUGAACAAGGACCGGGGGCUAUCACAGGUCCAGGACUGGAUGCUCUUCUUGGAUUGCCACUCAUUCCACACAUUGGCAAUCCCUCACGGCGGCGCGACGCAUCGGGCAACCCCAGAAUGGCUUUUACCCGACCAUCAGGUAACUCGGAAUUGUUGGGUCAUCCUGGUAUCCAACCAUCGCGACAGCCCUCGCGAAGAUUAUCUGAUUCCGGAGUCCGCGCGGCACAUACAUCUUACCCCCCUUCUGCAUUUUCUGAUAGUCCCCCUGGACCUCACCCUCCCCCAUCAACACCUGCCGAACACGGUUUAUCAGCCGUAUCCUCCGGUACUUCCACUCCCCGUCGCCGGCCAUCCUCAGCCUCGGCUUUAUCACCAAGUCUUCUUCCACAGGUACACGAGGAACGAGCUAUGCCGCCCCCGCCGUCUGUAGAUGAACCGCAGCAGCGAAGACGAAGCGACUCUGAGUAUUCACGUAAUCGGUCUCUCGGCUCAGGGAAUAUUCGCCGCAAUGGCAUGGUUGAGCCUGAUCAACCCACACCGAGAGAAGGUCGAAGCUGGUUGAUCUACGUUGUUGGAACCAAUCUCUCUGAAAAUCAUCCGGCUCUGACUACCCCGAGUCUUUUUACUGAUAACCCUACUUAUGAGGAUAUGAUUUUACUCCAAUCUCUUUUGGGCCCUGUCAAACCUCCAGUUGCCACCCAGGAAGAUAUCAAUACUGCAGGCGGAGUGUUCCGGCUUAUUGAGCGAGGGGGCUCGUUAGUCGCAGAAUCUCUUGCUGAUGGUAGUAUCAUAGAAAUCCAGAAUGGAGAACGCUGUCUGAUCUGCCUGUGUGACUAUGAGGCGGCCGAGGAAGUUCGGAAACUUUCCAAAUGCAAACAUGUUUAUCACAAAGAUUGCAUCGACCAGUGGCUUACUACCGGACGGAACUCCUGCCCUCUCUGCCGAGGACAAGGUGUGGGCGAAACAUCUAACAGUGAUGGCCCGGCAUCUGGCCCAUCUCUGGCACCUGAAGCCCCAGUCGUGUAA